AUGUCUGACUCCACGUAUAUUUCGGGCACAAAACCAAAAAGCAUCAUCUCUAUCCGUAGUAAAUUAAAGAGUGAAGAUAAAACAGUCAACAAUAAUAACGGCGAUCAAGAUUUAUCAACUUCUUCCACAUCAGAAGAUGGCCACACUCUGUUAAGUGAAACCGUAACAACACUGGCAAGUAAUGUUUAUAAUGAACUUGAACGAAUUAUCAAAAAUUAUGGUGAAAGUAGUGUUAAAGAUUUAAUGCCUGUUAUGAUUUCAACGUUGGAAUCACUUGAUAGUGCUUUGAACGAUAAAGAAGUUCGACAAAUAGAAAAUGAGUCACUCAAAGAGCAAAAUGAUCAAUUAUUUCAACAAUACGAACGAGAAAAACAAUUUCAUAAAGAAUAUCAACAGCGUUACUUACAAGUUGAAGAUAAUUUAGAAGAAACAAAACGUGAAAAUGAUGAAAAACUACAAAGUCUAGAAUCAAUCGUGAAAAUAUUUGAAAUUAAAGCGAGAAAUGCAGCUGAUCACGUGUCACGUCUGGAAGAAAAAGAAUCAGAAAUGAAACAAGAAUAUAAACGUUUACACGAUCGUUAUUGUGAACUUUUCCAAACUCAUUGUGACUAUGUAGAGAGAACAAAAAUAUUGUAUGGAACAGAUCGAUUAGAUCACCUACCAAGCAGCGCAUCCCGUGCACGAAAUAAUAUGCAUUUACCAGUUCAACAACCACAGGCCGAUAGUAAAACGAUAUCUUCUACUACAGUGGCAAAUGAUACUACACCGACACGAACAGAUAUCAAUUUCCCUUCAUACAACAGGCCAAUUGUGGGCGCAAAUUUUCGUUCUGAACUUGAAUCAUCACAUGGAAUUUAUACACAAACAGAUACAUUAUCGAGCAAUGAUGCAGCUGUAAAUACAGCAGUUAAUGCCAAUGGAAAGGAUAAAAAAGUAUCACCAGCAUCGAAUGUGGAAAAUGCCAAUAUGGGGACGACAGCAUCUGUUGUAGAGGGGAUACCGUUACAACAGAUGGCAUCAGAUGCUGAUACACAAGGAAGUGAUGAAGAUGAUGAUUUGUCGGUCGAUGAAAAUAAAAAUAUGGAAGCAUUUUAUAAAGAAACAAGAAAUGAAAAUAUUGAUAUAACAGAUGUGGAUGCUAGUGCUGAUUUACUGGGAAUGACAAAAGAAGUGGGAAAUUUGAUCAAAGAGAAUAAUGAACUUCUCGAAACAAAAAAUGCAUUAAAUGUUUUGAAAGAUGAUCUGUUAGUCAAAAUUGAAGAAUUAUCGAGUGAACAAGAAAUUCUUCGUGAAGAAGUUAUCUCAUUACAAUCUGUUAAAACACGUUUACAAUUGAGAAUAACAGAACUAGAAGAUGAAGUGAAAAAAUCACGAGAAGAAUUAGAUAAACGAAAGAAAGAAGAAGAGUGUUUUGAAAUAUUGUGGAACGAAGAUGUACCUAUGGCAGAUAGAAAGAGAUUUACCAGAGUGGAAAUGUCACGUGUUUUAUUGGAAAGAAAUUCAUUUAAACAACGUUUAAUGGAACUUGAAGAAGCUAUUCAUUGGCAAGAUCAUUUGCGUGCAUCGAAAUCAGAUCCACAAUCAGCAACAGCAAUUCCUGCACUUGAUCAUGCUCAGCAAAAGAAACGUUCACCAUUUUGGAAACUUUUUUCUGGCUUAUUUGGUUCCAUAACACCGCCGCCCGAAAAAAUGACAAAACGUUUGUUAACACCCACCCCCGGAAAUAUAAAAUACAGUCAUACAAGUGAUCAACUAGCUCCAAAUACCAAUAAUACAUCAUUUCAAAGUGAUUCUGGUAAUUUACCAAUAGAACGAACGCAUUCGGACAGUGAAACUCUCGUUAUGGAAUCAACUCCAAACAUGAACAGGAGUAAUACAGUAUCAUCACCCGUAAAGCGCAGAAAUAAUUCAUUGAUUCCUAAAGACGACAAUAGAAAACAAGCUUAUGGUUGGAGCUUACCCUCGAAAGAUCAAUUAAAAUUAUCUGAAUCGAAUGGAAAAGUGCACUUGAAUGUGCCGGUACCAGUGUAUUGUCGACCAAUAUAUAAUACAAAUGAAUUAACGCAAAUUUGGUGUGCUGUUGGAAUUGAUUUAACUGGUGCACCGACAGAUGAUAAUUUAUCUACAAAUCAAAAUGAUGUUGAUUUAUCAUCCCUUCCAUCUGUUGAACAAUUAAAUAAACAAUUAAUUGAGUCUUAUAAUCAAAUGGUUGAUGAACCGUGUCUAAAACUCUCAUCUCUCUUAUGGAUAGCAUCCAAAUGUAAUUUAAAUGCAAUGAUAACAAUUAUCGAUUCGAAUAAAGCGGACAAAAUUAUUGAUACAUUCACUUUAGGAAAAGCCGUAGUAUACGCUAUAGGAAGUGUACCAGGACCAGCUUCUUCUGAUUAUACUGUAGAUGAUGAACAUUGGAAACAAAAAUCUCAGACAACCGAACAUUUUGAAGCAAAAACGACGUUGAAUGACAUCCAAAAUGAAACUAAAAAACCGAUGUAUUCAACGAAAUAUCCAACAGUAUGGCUAGGAUCGGGUGAUGGAUGGCUAUAUCUUCAUUCAGCUGUUGGUGAUUAUAGAACAACUAUUGAAAAAGUUUGGUUAAAAAAUGCCAUUUACAGUAUUGUACACGUACGAGGGCGUGUAUUUGUUGCUCUGGCCAAUGAGAAAAUUGCUAUAUUUCGUCGAAAUAAUGAUGGAACAUGGAAUUUAAAAAACUUUCAUCUAAUUACAACUGGUAAAACUCGUGAAUCAGUGAGAUGUUUAAUUAAUGUAUUGGAUCAUAUUUGGUGCGGUGUAAUGAAUCGUAUUUAUGUAAUCGAUGUUCAAACAUUAGAAAUAAUCAAACAAUUUGAUGUUCAUCCACGAGUUGAACAUGCUGUUCAACAUAUGACAUGGUCGGGUAAAGGUGUUUGGAUAUCCGUUCGUUUGAGUAGUACAUUACAAUUAUAUCAUGCAACUAAUUAUCAACAUUUACAAGAUGUUGAUGUACAGCCAUAUGUAGAAAAAAUGAUCACUACAGAAAAGGCUGGACUCUAUUUUGUACAUAUCAGUUGUAUUAAUAUCGCUUGUAAAAGACUUUGGAUUGGAACAGGCAAUGGAAUUAUUAUAUCCGUCCCAUUAUCCGAGAAUUCAACUUCAAGUAAACAAAAUUCACCAACAUCAAUGAAACCAGGCUCUGUUGUUCGUGUUUAUGAUCAAUCGUCAUCUACUAUACCCUACUGUAGUAUGAAUAAUGCUCAAUUAUCAUUUCACGGUUAUAAAGAUGCUGUUAAAUUUUUUGUGGCUGUUCCCGGAAAUCCUCCCUCAAAAUUACUUAUUGAAAACAAUAUAAAUAAUUCAGAAACUGACAUUAUUUCAUCAAAUUCUGAUCAUUCUCCAACAACUUCAUCCGAUUUAUCAUUAUCAUUUGCAAAUGAUAUACUUGUAUUAAGUGGCGGAGAGGGCUACAUUGACUUUCGUGUAGGUGAUAUUGAUAAUACAAAUGAAGAAAAUGAACAAUCGUCAACAGUUGGAAAAUCACAUUUGAUUGUUUGGCAUUUAGGUUCUAUUUAA